AUGGAGACCAGUGUUCCGCCCGGUAAAGAAGUUUUGAUCGCAGUCAUGGGAGUUACAGGUAAAAUACAGAAGCCAUCUCAUAUUGGGCGCUUAUUUUCUAAUAAAAAUGGUAGGCGCGGGCAAAAGUUACUUUGUUAGAGAGGUUUCUGGUCACCAGGAGGUCAAAGUGAGCAGUGGGCUUAACUCUUGUAAGAUAUUCCCUGAUCGGGGGGAUGCGCUGGUCUGCUGACACCAGAAAGGCACCAGCCAGGUCGAAUCUUACUCUUUUCAGCAUGCGGGAUCAACGAUUACCCUGGUGGACACUCCUGGGUUCAAUGAUACUACCAGAACCGAUACCGAGGUGCUGGCCGAGAUCUGCCAAUGGACCUCGAAAACCUACAAGGAGGAGCGGCUUCUCUCCGGGAUUAUCUACCUCCACCGAAUUACUGAUGUCCGCAUGGACAGUUCCGCGGUGAAGAACCUCAGGACGUUCCAAAAAUUGUGCGGUCGGAGUGCUCUGAGAAACGUGUUCCUCACAACGACACAGUGGUCCAAGGUCACUGAUCAAGCAGAAGGGGAGAUGCGGGAGAGGGAUCUCUGUGGGGAGCGCAAUUUCUGGGGAAUCCUUCUCGAGAAGGGUGCUACUCUUCAGAGGUUUCAUGGCACUAGAGAGUCCGGAUUGAAACUUAUCGACCAAUUAGUGCCAAAACAGCCAGAGGCACUGGACAUCCAGGACCAGAUAGUCACACAAAAGAGGACCAUAAUCGAGACCGAUGCAGGUCAAUGCAUUAACGAGGACUUGAUUGAACAAGAGAAGAGGUAUAGAGAGGAAAUUGAAUCUCUGGAGAGAGAGCGUCAGGCAGCCGUAGACGAAAAGGAUGAUCAAAUGAAGGAGUUGAUUGCGGAGGAGCAAGCAAAGGCUCAGGAGAAGCUUGAAAAAGCUGCAGCUGAGAAGAGGCGGUUGGCAGAGAUGCAUGCUGAAGAGAUGAGGAAGAGAGACAUUGAAAAGCAGAGAGAAGAGGAGAGGAGGAAGGAGGAACAAAGGGAAGCCCAGGCAAAACUUGAAAAGGCUGAAGCUGAAAAGAGAAGGAAAGAAGAGCAGCACGCUGAGGAGUUAAGGAAGCAACAGGAGAGGGAAGAGAGAAGGAUAAAAGCAGAGCAAGAAAGAGCGGCAGCGGAGGCUAACCGAUUGGCAGCGCUUCAUGCCGCCCAGAUACGGGAGCAGCAGGAGAGAGAAGCAAGGGCAAGGCGGGAGGCGCAAGAAAAAGCUGCAGCUGAGGCGAGGCGAUUGGAAGAGCUUCACGCUGCCCAGAUCCGGGAGCAGCAGGAGAGAGACGCAAGGUUGAGAAUCGAGGAGCAAGAAAAAGCUGCGGCUGAAGCAAGGCGGUUGGAAGCUAUACAUAGAGAGAAUCUUGAGAGGAGCCGGAGGAACAGGGAUAGGGGUGGGAUAGGGAUCAGGAUUGGCCCUAUUGGAUUCAAGAUCCGAUUCUAG